AUGACUUCGCAAGAGAAGGACUUGGCCACCAUCACCCACAUCGACGAGGUCGAAGUCGGCAAGGGCAACCUCGAUGCUGUGUCGACCACUUUCGUCGAGCCCAACGCCAAGGCCCUCUCCUCGGGUCUUCGCAAGCUCGACUGCUACUUCCUUCCUGCCGUCACCAUGAUCUACUUUCUCUCUUUCCUUGACCGUUCCAACAUCGGCAAUGCCAAGGCUGCCGGCUUGCAGGCCGACCUGGGCCUUUCCGACUACCAGUACUCGAUGGCCCUCACCUUGACAUACAUUCCCUACAUUCUCGCCGAGAUGCCUCUUACUCUUCUCCUCCGUGUUGUCGGCCCCAACAUCCUCAUGCCCACGCUCAUGGUCAUUUGGGGUGUGGUUACCAUGUGCCAGGGCUUUGUCACCAACUACGUUGGCCUGGUUUUGUGCCGAGUCUUCCUCGGUGCUGCCGAGGGUGCCAUUAUCCCGGCGUGCAUCACCUACCUCGCCACUUUCUACCGUCGCCAGGACCUGGGCAAGCGCACCGCCUUCUUCUUCUGUGCCACAUCGCUCGCUGGAGCUUUCUCGGGCCUCCUUGCCGCCGCCAUCCUCAAGAUGGAAGGCGUCGCUGGCAAGAGGGGAUGGAUGUGGAUCUUUAUCAUUGAGGGCCUGAUCACUGCCGUCUACGGUAUGAUCUCGUUCUUCAUUCUCCCCAACAACCCUACCGUUGUCGGCUACUGGACCGAAGAGGAGCGUGAGGCCGUCCUUCUCGCCCUCGACAACGACCGCCCGGUCGAGGAGACCCACGAGGCCUUCUCCGCCAAGGCUGUUCUUGGAGCCCUCGCAGCCCCUCAGAUGUGGCUCAUUGCCACCACCCUUUUCUGCUCGGGUGUGUCGCUCUUCGCCAUGGCCUACUUCUCUCCCUCGAUCGUUGGCUCGUCGCUCGGCUACACCGGCAUCAAGGUUCAGCUCUACUCGGUUCCCCCUUACGCGGUCUCUACGGUCAUCUCGCUUGCGUGCUCGUGGUACUCGGACAAGCUCAACAUGCGUGGCCCCUUCAUCGUUGGCUCCACUUUCCUCUCGCUCAUCGGCUACGCCAUCUACUACUGCUCAGCCGCCACCGACAAGAGCGCCCGCUACGUCUCGCUCUUCUUCAUGAUCUCGGGCGCCUACAUUGCUGCCCCGCUCCUGUCGGUCUGGAUGUCCAACAACCACCAGGGCUACUACCGCCGCAUCUCCGCCGUCGUCAUGGGCUUUGUCUUCUCCAACGCGGGCGGCAUCCUCUCCACCUGGCUCUUCCCCAAGGCCCAGGCGCCCAACUACAAGAAGGGCACGUCGAUCCUCCUCGCCAUGAGCUCCACGCUCAUUGCCGUCGCUGCUAUCGCCAUGGCCUACUUGCACAUCCGCAAUAAGCAGAAGGCCGCAAAGGGCGGCUUCACCGAGGAGCGUGGCACUCUGGACGACACCGUGGCCCUCGGUGACCGCAGUGUUCACUUCAAGUACACUUUGUAA